AUGGAUGAUGAACAACGUCUUCUCCUCUCCGAGCAAAACCCACCAUCCACCACCAAUAUCGAUACCUCCACAGACCAUGCUUCAAAAGAAUCAAAAUCUGACAGAUUCUUCUUAGUGAUCGGUGUUUGCGUUUGUACUGCAUUUGUCCUCCUAUCACUGCCUCAAGAUGGGCGCCAGCGCAUCCCCGAAUUCCAAAUCAACUCCCUCUCCCUCACAAACUUCAAUCUCUCAUCCUAUGGCAGCCUGAGAGCCAACUGGAACGUUAGUUUCCAAAUCUACAAUCCUAUGAGAUUCCAAAUCCCUUACCAUGAAGUGAAUUCCAUAGUUUCUUACAAGUCCAAAAUUUUAUCUCAAGCAAUGGUACCCUUCGAACAGGACUCUAACAACAAUGUUACCUUAACAUUGAACGUGUCUAUCUCUGCUGUCGAUUCCUAUGUUGAAGGAUGGGUUUUGAAUGGAAUCUACAAGGAAUUACAGCAUGGAGCGGUGAGUUUUGAUGUCAAGAUGGUGAUUGACUAUGGUUAUGUUUCGGUAUUUUGGUUUCCAAUGUGGCCUCCUCAGUUGCGGGGGGUUGUGUGCGAGGAUGUGGUGAUUGCGGUUUCCAUGGGUAGAGAUUCCGGACACCUGAUUGAUGGGCCUAGGAAAUGCAGUAAUAGUGACGCAUAUUUGUAA